UCAUACCUGUAAGACUUGUGCAGGGCUCAGCAUAUGUUGCUGUUUGAUAGGACGUGUUAGUGCUAGCUCCCACACUGUCAAAUACUCUGUUGUUUCUCCAGAAACAGUCCUGCCUGCCUUCUGGAAUGUCUCCUAUUUUGAUUUUCAAAGUGUGAGGCUAGAUCUGUGGGGAGGGUUUCCCCCAUCUGUGAUGCCUGGUCCUAUAACCAAGUAACGCUGUGCAAAUGUUCAGCCUCCUAGCUAUGCUAGAUCAAAAAAGCAUGAAAUGCAGUGAGUUGCAAUGUUUAAAGUGAGCUAUUUGUGAGUAAGCAGCUUAAUAGCUUGAAGUCUCAUAAUGACUAUCUUUAAGGGUGGUGAUGGUGAGGACUACUCAGAAUACAGUUGCAAGGCAGUGCAUGUGACCCUCAGUCCAGAGUACUAAAUGAAUGAGUGCUGCUACAGAAGGUGUGACCAUGAACUGCCCUAGAUUGGCAGUUGACAUCCAGUGACUACACCACCACCUGCUGUGCCUGCCUCAUAACAUUUGGAUCCCUGGACCCUGAGGUCUGCCUCCAGUGAAACUCCCUUCUAAUCCCAGGUGUGUGUUGACCUCAAGAAGAGGAAAAGGGGACAGCAACAGGAGUUGCAGGAUGAGAUAGAGCCACCUUCUUUGGCUCUUAAUAUGCAUUGGAUCCUCUUUCUCCUGACAGUGUGAACCCAUUCUCCCCUCCAGUAAAACAUCCCAGGGGAGAAACUUCUGGGCUUGGUGACUUCUGUUGGUUCAAUGAAAGACCCCAGCAAUAGACAAUUAAAGGAAGAGGAUUUGAGGAUUGUGACAUUCUCCAUCCACCCUCACUGGCUUUUAGCUGCCCUUUGGUCUUCAGCUAAAACAGUGUAGCUGUGAACUUCCUUUCAAGGGAGGAGCUAAACAGCCUUGGAGUUAGGAGAGACUGAUCUGGGUUUGCAUCACAACUCAGAUGGGUGGUUCUACUCUCUGAGUUUCAGUUUCUCCCUCCUGUAAAGUGAGAACAGUAACACCUACCUCCAAGUGCAAUUAUAAAGAGCUGAAAUGACAUCUGCAAAGUGCCUACCAUGGAAUCAGUACCAUGUAUUUUCUACUUUUCUCUCAUGGCAUUACCAGAGUUCGUAGUUAUAUAUUUACUGCUGUUUUAUGCCUGCUACUGUGUCUACUCUACUCCCUUCAUGGCAGUUUGUUAGAGUCAUGACCAUGCUCCUAUCCCCUUCUUCUCCCCCCCAGUCAUCACAGGGUCUAGCAGAAAAGGAGGGUCUAACAGCAGCCAUGGAAAGAAUACAGCACACAGGAUUGAGGGAGUACUUCCUGUGUCUUAGGAAUACAACCCUAGCAAAGCGACCUUCGUAAAAGUGGUACCGACCCCCAACAAUGGCUCCACGGAGCUCGUGGCCCUGCAUCGUGAUGAGGGUGAAGAUGGGCUUGAAGUGCUGUCCUUUGAAUUCCAAAAGAUCAAGUAUUCCUAUGAUGCUCUUGAGAAAAAGCAAUUCCUCCCUGUGUCCUUUCCUGUGGGAAACACCUUCUCAUAUUAUCAGAGCAACAGAGGGUUCCAGGAAGAUGCAGAGAUCCGAGCAGCUGAGAAGAAAUUUGGGAGCAACAAGGCUGAGAUGGUGGUGCCUGACUUCUCUGAGCUUUUUAAGGAGAGAGCCACAGCCCCCUUCUUUGUCUUUCAGGUGUUCUGCGUGGGGCUCUGGUGUCUGGAUGAGUACUGGUACUACAGUGUCUUCACACUGUCCAUGCUGGUGGCUUUUGAGGCCUCGUUGGUGCAGCAACAGAUGCGGAACAUGUCAGAGAUCCGGAAGAUGGGCAAUAAGCCCCACAUGAUACAGGUCUACCGAAACCGCAAGUGGAGGCCCAUUGCCAGUGAUGAGAUUGUUCCCGGGGACAUUGUCUCCAUUGGCCGCUCCCCCCAGGAAAACCUAGUGCCCUGUGAUGUGCUGCUGCUGCGGGGCCGCUGCAUCGUGGAUGAGGCCAUGCUCACAGGGGAGUCGGUGCCACAAAUGAAGGAGCCAAUUGAAGACCUUAACCCAGACCGGGUGCUGGACCUCCAAGCUGACUCCCGGCUCCAUGUCAUCUUUGGGGGCACCAAGGUGGUACAACACAUACCCCCACAGAAGGCCACCACAGGCCUGAAGCCGGUUGACAAUGGAUGUGUGGCUUAUGUCCUGCGUACUGGAUUCAACACUUCCCAGGGCAAGCUGCUGCGCACAAUUCUCUUUGGGGUCAAGAGGGUGACCGCAAACAACCUGGAGACCUUCAUUUUUAUCCUUUUCCUCCUGGUCUUUGCCAUUGCAGCGGCUGCCUAUGUGUGGAUUGAAGGCACCAAGGACCCCAGCCGGAACCGCUACAAGCUGUUUCUGGAGUGCACCCUGAUCCUCACCUCGGUUGUACCCCCUGAACUGCCCAUCGAGCUGUCCCUAGCUGUCAACACCUCCCUCAUUGCCCUGGCCAAGCUCUACAUGUACUGCACGGAGCCCUUCCGGAUCCCCUUUGCCGGCAAGGUCGAGGUGUGCUGCUUUGACAAGACAGGAACCUUGACCAGUGACAGCUUAGUGGUGCGUGGUGUGGCUGGGCUAAGAGAUGGGAAGGAGGUGACACCAGUGUCCAGCAUCCCUGUAGAAACACACCGUGCCCUGGCCUCAUGCCACUCCCUUAUGCAGCUUGAUGAUGGCACCCUUGUGGGUGACCCCCUUGAGAAGGCCAUGCUCACAGCCGUGGACUGGACACUGACCAAAGAUGAGAAAGUAUUCCCCCGAAGUAUUAAAACUCAGGGGCUGAAAAUUCACCAGCGCUUUCAUUUUGCCAGUGCCCUAAAACGAAUGUCCGUGCUCGCCUCCUAUGAGAAGCUCGGCUCCACUGACCUCUGCUACAUCGCGGCUGUGAAGGGGGCCCCUGAAACCCUGCACUCCAUGUUUUCCCAGUGCCCGCCUGACUACCACCACAUCCACACUGAGAUCUCACGAGAAGGAGCCCGCGUCCUCGCACUGGGGUACAAGGAGCUAGGACACCUUACCCACCAGCAGGCCCGGGAGGUCAAGCGUGAAGCCCUGGAAUGCAGCCUCAAGUUUGUCGGUUUCAUCGUGGUCUCCUGCCCGCUCAAGGCUGACUCCAAGGCUGUUAUUCGAGAGAUUCAGAAUGCAUCCCAUCGGGUGGUCAUGAUCACAGGCGACAACCCACUCACUGCCUGCCACGUGGCCCAGGAGUUGCACUUCAUUGAAAAGGCCCACACGCUCAUCCUGCAGCCUCCCUCAGACAAAGGCCAAAUGUGCGAGUGGCGUUCCAUUGAUGGCAGCAUCGUGCUACCCCUGUCCCGGGGCUCCCCAAAGACAUUGGCCCUGGAGCAUGCACUGUGCCUCACAGGUGAUGGCCUGGCCCACCUUCAGGCCACCGACCCCCAGCAGCUACUCCACAUCAUCCCCCACGUACAGGUGUUUGCCCGUGUGGCCCCCAAACAGAAGGAAUUUGUCAUCACCAGUCUGAAGGAGCUGGGCUACGUGACCCUCAUGUGUGGGGAUGGCACUAACGACGUGGGCGCCCUGAAGCACGCCGAUGUGGGUGUAGCACUCCUUGCCAAUGCCCCUGAGAGAGUCGUUGAGCGGCGACGGCGGCCCCGGGACAGCCCAGUUCUGAACAACAGUGGUAUUAGGGCCACCUCCAGGACGGCCAAGCAGAGGUCGGGACUUCCAUCUUCUGAGGAACCACCAACUUCCCAAAGGGACCGCCUAAGCCAGGUGCUUCGGGACCUCGAGGAUGAAAGCACACCUAUUGUGAAAUUGGGGGACGCCAGCAUCGCAGCACCGUUCACCUCUAAGCUCUCAUCAAUCCAGUGCAUCUGCCACGUGAUCAAGCAGGGCCGUUGCACAUUGGUAACCACACUGCAGAUGUUCAAGAUCCUGGCACUCAAUGCCCUCAUCCUGGCCUAUAGCCAGAGUGUUUUGUACCUUGAAGGUGUCAAGUUCAGCGACUUCCAGGCCACACUGCAGGGGCUGCUACUGGCUGGCUGCUUCCUCUUCAUCUCUCGUUCCAAGCCCCUGAAGACCCUGUCUCGAGAGCGACCCCUGCCCAAUAUCUUCAACCUAUAUACAAUCCUCACGGUUAUGCUCCAGUUCUUUGUGCACUUCCUGAGCCUUGUCUACCUGUACAGUGAGGCCCAGGCCCGAAGCCCUGGGAAGCGGGAGCAGUUUGUGGACCUGUACAAGGAGUUUGAACCGACCCUGGUCAACAGCACUGUGUACAUCAUGGCCAUGGCCAUGCAGAUGGCCACCUUCGCCAUCAACUAUAAGGGCCCACCCUUCAUGGAGAGCCUUCCCGAGAAUAAGCCCCUGGUGUGGAGCCUGGCUGUGUCACUCCUGGCCAUUGUUGGCCUGCUCCUCGGCUCCUCACCUGACUUCAACAGCCAGUUUGGCCUCGUGGACAUCCCUGUGGAGUUCAAGCUCGUCAUCGCCCAGGUCCUGCUUCUGGACUUCUGCCUGGCGCUCCUGGCCGACCGUGUCCUACAGUUCUUCCUGGGGACCCCAAAGCUGAAAGUGCCUUCCUGAGAUGGCGGUGCUGGUACCCACCGUCUACCCUGGCUGCCACCAGGCGGGAGCCCUGCCAGGGCCCCAGGAGGAAACAGUGUCCCCUACCCCUACCCCCAUGGUGAGGCUUCCUGGCCUUGCCCUUGGAAGACUGAACUGGGGCCCCCACAGCCCUCUGCUGGCCUGGCUUGUGAAAACAGCCCCUUUGUUAAAUAAAGCAGCAUCCAAGAUUUUAA